AAUACACAUUAGCGCUUCAUUCUUUACUUAAGAGUGUGUUCGUGUCUUACGAAGUGUCCUGGAGAAGUUUUCAAUACGUGCGCCAAAGUACGCGAGGAUUGUGGCGCAUUGGAACAGCUGUAGUCAGUGUUGAAUGGACGCAAGGAGGAGGGACAUCGUACUGUACAUUAACUCCUGCUGGCUGCGGGGAUUCUCCAGUUGAAGGCAUGGGGAUGCACUUCCAGCGACCUUAACACCCCUUUGAGAAAUACAGAAGCGACAAGGGAAAGCCAAACGAAAAUCUAUACAUUUUUUUAAAGCUGCCCAGUGUUUUCCAGGGGCAACGCUACAGAGAUGAGAUGGUAUACUAUGCUUUUGAAGGAUGCCCUGUUUUGAUAAGGGGACCAAAGAAGGCAAGACACUGUUGUCCAUGAUAUUUUCCAAAAGAAGAUCGCAAAGGUGGAGCGAAUAGAGAAGGGCUGAUGACGGGACUACUAAUCCUUUCAGUGCAUCAAAAGCACCAAAGGGUAUUAGAAACGUCUGGAUGGAAAUCGGGCGAAUGUUUAGAACUGUUUUUGGUUUUAUAUGAAAGUGGUGAUUAGUUGUUUUGACACAUCUGCACGGAUUUUUUUCUUUUUCACUUAAGGAGAAAUUGCUCUUUGUUCAAGAAAAGCUUGUGUUGUUUGGGCGGUGUGGAAUUCCAGAAACUCAAUAUUUUUUUCUUCAAGUAUUUCUUAAUCUAAAUGGAAUUAGUUGAGUCUGAAGUCGUUUGUGAAAGGAACAGACAUGGUACAUGGGCACAGCUUCCAUCGCGUUGUUGCAAGUCUUCUCAUACUUGGGUUGUCUGGGGCAACACGGAAGGACAUAGCAGUGAAAAACAAUUCUGGAGUGAAACCUGCAGGUCAGUGUGGAGUAUGGGUGAAAGAACCAGAAGGAGGACUCUUCACUUCUCCAAAUUACCCAAAUAAAUACCCCCCAGACACAGAGUGUGUUUACAUUCUUGAAGCCCCCCCAAGGCAGUGUAUUGAUCUACACUUUGAGGAGAAUUAUUCAAUUGAGUCCUCAUGGGAAUGUAAAUUUGACAACAUCGAGGUUCGCGAUGGACCAUUUGGCUUCUCCCCAAUGCUUGGAAGAUACUGCGGUCAGCACAGCCCACCUGAUAUCAGAAGUAGCGGCCGAUAUCUGUGGAUAAAAUUUGUUACAGAUGGUGAACUGGAAGCGGUUGGAUUUUCAGCAAGUUACAACUUCACUGCAGAUCCGGACUUUGCAGAUAUGGGAGUACCCCCACCUCUGCCCUCCUGUCAGUAUGACAUGGUUGGUCCAGAAGGUAUUGUUGAGUCUCAUCAGAUCACCAGAGAUGGGAAGGCUGGUGCCUCCGAGGCCAUCGACUGUAAAUGGUACAUCCGUGCUCCGCCUCGCUCCAAGAUCUACCUGCGUUUUCUCGACUAUGAAAUGGCCAAUUCCAAUGAAUGCAAGCGCAACUUUGUAGCAGUGUAUGAUGGUGGCAGUUCGGUGGAGGACCUGAAAAGCAAGUUCUGUUCCACAGUGGCCAACGAUAUCAUGCUGGUUUCCACGCUGGGAGUCAUCCGUAUGUGGGCAGAUGAGCACAGCCGCAAAAGUCGCUUCCGCAUCCUCUUCACAACUUACCAAGAACCUCCAUGUGAUGCAGAUGCCUUCUUCUGUCACAGUAACAUGUGCAUAAACAACACGCUUGUGUGUAAUGGCAUGCAGAACUGUGUCUACCCCUGGGAUGAGAACCAAUGCAAAGAGAAGAGAAAAGCCAACAUUCUGGACAACCUGAACAACACAAAUGGAACUAUAAUUGGUGUCACCUGCUGCAUCGUUUUCAUCCUCCUCAUCAUCUCUGUUAUCGUUCAGAUCAAACAGCCACGCAAAAAAUACAUCCUGCAGCGUGAGGACCUUGACCCCACCAUAUUCCAGGAGGUCUUUGAGCCACCUCACUAUGAGCUGUGUACUUUACGGAGCACUACCACAGCCACAGCAGCCUCAGCAGACUUGGUAGACCUGGCAGAAGACUUUGAAACCUACCAUGCCCUUCGCCGUGCCUCCUCACGCUGUGUCCAUGAUCACCACUGUGGCUCUUUGUGCAAUCCAGGCUCUGCUCACAUAUCCCAGCUGUCACUCAGUGGACGAGGAAGCCGUGGAAACUUGAGUGUUCAUGACACAGCAGAUGCCACUCUGCUCACAGACUUUCCACAGCCACCAAUGGCAGUGCGGCCCUUGCUGCCAGCCACAGGGAACCGCAGGAGCAUCUUGGUGAUGAAGCACAGCUAUUCCCAAGAGGCAGCAGACAAUGGACGUGACCUGGACGAAGACCUGGAGGAAGUUCCCACCACCAGCCAUCGACUUUCACACCACGAAAAGGCAGUACAGCGGUUCUGCCUCAUUGGCUCUUUGAGCAAACAUGAAUCAGAGUACAACACAACUAGGGUCUAAGAGACAAUCUCAAGACUUCUUGAGAGUAGUGCAAUCCUGGAUCAGUACGACCGGGCAUCACUGACAUAUGAAAAAGCGGAACGGAGAUUUACACCAGCAUGAUGCUGAUGAUGAUCAGGAUGAGGAUGAUGAUGAAGGGACACUUUAAUGAAAGGAUACUGAAUUCAUGUGUAAAGAUGGACACAAAGGACUAGAUGAAAAUACUUCAGCUGUAAUGUGAAGUGGGAAGUUUUCAAAAUUAACCAGUUUUGUGCUUAACAUAAUGUAGUCAGUCCAGAUUUUUUGUCUCAAUGAAAAGGUAUCGACCUUUAUAAGGAACAUGAUUAUUGAUUACCGAUUAUUGGUCAGAAACAUACAUGAUAUUGUUGAGGAUUAUUCAGAGGUAUCAGCAUUAUUGUGAUCAAAUUCAAUUUAUUUUAAAGCAUGUAUGUAUUUUGAAAUGGUUAUGAUUUUUAUAGCAAAUUAUAAAUACUUGCAGUUUGUCAAAUUUAGGAAGAUUUGUGUUAUUGGUUGAAAUUGGAAUUAAUUUCAGUUAAUUACUAACCUAAUUAAAUAUUGUUAGAAUAAGCUGAAACAGGUAUAACAAUUUAAGGCCCAAUUGUAUAGCUUGUGCAUGAUUUCUUUUUAUCCAUUAAAACAUUAACAUACUAUCAUUCAAAUAUGAUAAGCACACCAUCUACUAAUAUGUGACUCAUAAGGGCAUAAAAACUGGUUAAGGAGCAUCAUAAAAUUAUUAAAGUGCUUUGCAUGAAGUUGUAUAGCUAAGGAAAAUUGUACAAAUAAUUUUUCCUUAAACUCGUAUUCCCUUUUAAAUAUGUUGACUAACCUUUUUGAUAAGUUGUUUUAUUUUGACAAAACCUUUUUGGCAAACAUAAUUACUUCAGGUCUGUUCAUCUUCAGACUGUCUUCUAUAGGAGCUUAACAUCUUUGUAUUAAAACAAACUUUUAUACUAUGGCAUAUUGAAACAUUUUUUUAUAGUUACUCAAAUUAUCUUUCAGGGCUGAUUUCAAUGAUACUUUGUAAAAAUAUAUAACAAUAAUACUUUGUUUUUUUUCUUUGUUUUACUGGCUUUUGGUAUCUAGUUCUUCUGUUCAUCUGUUUUAGAUUUUGGUCUAUUUGUUGUGACUGAUUUGCUUUAGAGAAUGACAGACAAGUUAACUGACUGUAUGUGCUUGUCCUUUAGGCUCAAAAAAACAUGGAAAAGUUCAGCUCAGAGGGACAUAAACAUGCAGUUCACACAUACACUUAUGUAUAUGUCACUUUUUUUGUGUUCAGUUACUGUCCUAUUUUCUUCUAACUGUGUCAAUGUUAUGGCAUCUUCCACUAUGUGUACAUUAUUUUCUGUAUUCAGUGUCAUUCAUACAUAAUUUACAUCCAUGCUUUCACUCUCUUUUCCUUCCAUCCACACAGACUCAUUCCUGCAGAUAAUGAAUAAAAUUUUCUUUUCAUUGUUGUUGUGUGUUGCUUCUCUGCCAUAGAUAUUAAAAUGUUCGAAACAGCACACACAUACAGACAUUUACACCUUUCACUCUGCCUUUUUGUCUCUGAAACACCCACACAACCACAAACCUAUCUGCCAGUAUAUAGAUAGAGGAAGACAUAGCAGUAAUUUAACAAGUCUGAACCAAUUCAACUACAAGCAGCCUAGGCACCAUGAUGAGAAAAGUGUAGGGCCCAGGACAGAAUUAAAGUAAUAGUGUUUUCAUUUCUCUGCAGAUACAUCAGACAGGUGCAUCAUUCCUCUGCAACUUGCCAAGUUUGACUGCGUUUGGAGCUAAGGUUUCUCUCCCUUGUACCCCUUGAGUGAACUGUUGCCCUGAGCAACUUUACCAGUGUGAAGUGUUGUGAUGAGAAAAUUAAAACAAGGUUUGUAGUGUAUGCACCAAGUUUUUCUCCUUUGCUUUGGACUGCAGAGGUGUUUCACUGGCUAGAACUGAUGAGCCAUGGAACACUGAUCAUUUCAGAUCUAGGCCUGAAAGUGUUUUUUAGAAAUAGAGUACCUUUAAUGUAAAGAUGGAG